UGUAAAGGGGGCGUGGUCUAGUGGAACAGGCGGGACCAGGUGGGAUGGGCACCUCAGUGGCUCGAGAGGCCCUGAAGGGGCGGGAUUUAGAGGCACUGCGGAUUGGGUUCCUGGGGCCCCUUCGGACCCCCUAACCCCCUCAAAACCACUAUCCCGCCAGAGUCGCGUCAGGGCCCGAACCUCCCCAGCUAUGACUUCCACCUGCCAGGAUUCCACAGCCUCCAGGCAGCGGAAGGGUAGGCAGAAUCCCCAAUCGCCUUCUCACGAUGUGAACGCCAUCACGAAGAGAACUGUUAAGAAGGGUGCUGUGCCCCGCUGUACUCCCAAUCUAUCGGAGAUAAAGAAGAAAGGAAAGAUGAAGAAGCUUAGCCAACCAGUUGAAGAAGACCUAGUCAUGGGGCUGCAAGGGCUGGAUCUUAACCCUGAAGUGAAGGUAAUGAUUGGUACUGGCUUGGUGUUUGAUGAACAGCUAAAUGAUUUUCAUUGCCUCUGGGAUGACAGCUACCCUGAAAACCCUGAAAGACUCCAUGCCAUUAAGGAGCAGCUUAUCCAGGAAGGCCUUGUGGAUCGUUGUGUAUGCUUUCCGGCCCGGGUCGCAGAAAAGGAAGAGCUCAUGUUGGUUCACAGCCCAGAGUACAUUGACCUCAUGGAGACAACCCAGUACAUGAAUGAGGGAGAACUUCGCAUACUGGCAAGCACCUAUGAUUCAGUUUAUCUACAUCCGAACUCUUUUAUUUGUGCCUGUCUGGCCUCAGGCUCUGUCCUUAGACUAGUAGAUGCUGUCCUGGGAGCUGAGAUCCGGAAUGGCAUGGCUAUCAUCAGACCUCCAGGACACCAUGCGCAGCGUGAUCUGAUGGGUGGGUAUUGCAUGUUCAACCAUGUAGCUGUAGCUGCUCGUUAUGCUCAAAGGAAGCACCACAUUAAGAGGGUCCUUAUUGUGGACUGGGACGUUCAUCAUGGCCAAGGAACACAAUUCAUGUUUGACCAGGAUCCCAGUGUUUUAUACUUCUCCAUCCACCGCUAUGAGCAGGGUCGGUUCUGGCCCCACCUCCAGGCCUCUAACUGGUCUGCCAUAGGUUGUGGCCAAGGGCAAGGAUACAACAUCAAUAUACCUUGGAAUCAGGUGGGGAUGCGGGAUGCGGACUACAUUGCUGCUUUUCUCCACAUCUUGUUGCCUGUUGCUUCUGAGUUUCAGCCUCAACUGGUCCUGGUAGCUGCUGGAUUUGAUGCCCUCCAAGGGGACCCCAAGGGCGAGAUGGCUGCCACCCCUGCAGGGUUUGCCCAGUUAACCCAUCUGCUCAUGGGUAUGGCAGGAGGCAAGCUAAUUCUGUCUCUGGAAGGUGGAUACAACCUCCAGUCUCUGGCUAGGGGUGUCAGUGCAUCUCUCCAUACCCUUCUGGGAGACCCUUGCCCUAUGCUAGAGUCCCCUGGUGCACCAUGUCAAAGUGCUCAGGCUUCGGUCUCCUGUACUCUGGAAGCCCUGGAACCAUUCUGGGAAGUCCUUGUGAAUACAGUUGAUAGUACGGAGGAGGACAAUGAGGCUGGAGACAACUGGGACGAGAGACAAGAGGAAGGGGAAGGACCCUUGGGGGCCACUUCACUGCCAGUCCUGACAUGGCCCACGCUACAGCAUCGUACAGGAUUGGUCUAUGACCAAAGAAUGAUGAGUCACUGCAACCUGUGGGACAACCACCACCCUGAGACACCCCAGCGUAUUUUGCGGAUCAUGUGCCACUUAGAGGAACUAGGGCUUGCAGCACGCUGUCUCCACCUGCCUGUGCGGCCUGCCACUGAUGCCGAGCUCCUUACCUGCCACAGUGCCCAGUAUGUAGAGCGUCUCCGGGCUACAGAGACAAUGAAAAGCCGGGAACUGCACCGCGAGGGUGCCAACUUUGACUCCAUCUACAUCUGCCCCAGCACAUUCACCUGUGCUCAGCUAGCUACAGGUGCAGUCUGCCGCCUGGUGGAAGCUGUACUAUCAGGAGAGGUUUUAAAUGGCAUUGCUCUGGUGCGCCCCCCUGGACACCAUGCAGAGCACGAUGCUGCUUGUGGCUUCUGCUUUUUUAAUUCUGUGGCUGUGGCUGCUCGCCAUGCCCAAGCCAUUAGGGGGACUGCCUUAAGGAUCCUAAUUGUGGAUUGGGACAUCCAUCAUGGGAAUGGAACUCAGCACAUCUUUGAGAAUGACCCCAGUGUGCUUUAUAUGUCCCUGCACCGCUAUGAUCGUGGCACUUUCUUCCCCAUGGGGGAUGAGGGGUCCAGCAAACACGUAGGUCUGGCUGAGGGCAUGGGCUUCACUGUCAAUGUGGCCUGGAAUGGGCCCCGUAUGGGUGAUGCUGACUACCUGGCUGCAUGGCAUCGACUUGUGCUUCCAAUUGCAUACGAGCAUGUGUCUGACUGCCAGGUGUCUGAUCCUGUGAGACAGCCUGUGGUUGGAGAUAGUAAUGACUCUUGA